AACCCGUCACGAAGUUGUGACCGGGGGAUCUCAACAUCGUGUAGGUGAGAUCCUUGAGACCUGAUAGACCUCUCCGUACGGCGCACUCCUCAUUUUUCUCCAUUUCCAGAGCUUCCGAAAAUAGGCGGCAAAUAUUUCCAGUUGCCGGCUGGCAAGCGGGAACUGGGAAGUGGCAACAUCAAAUCAAAUCAAAUCAAAUCCAACCGCAAUUCAUCUGAUUGAGCCGGCUAACGUUUAACCCAAGCUUUCUUUCAUAAGUAGUUAGGGUUUCUGUUUUCGCACAACAAUGAUGGACUUGCAGAUUCUAUAGGUUUGUGCGCGCUAUGGACAACUCAACAAGUCAAGUAUUUAAUUCUGUUGAAAGAAAAAGCUUUCUGCCUAUUGACAGUAAUGGCAAUGUUUUUCUUGAUGACGAGCUCUCAACAAGCAUGGAGUUAUGCAUAGGCGAAGAUGAUAAAUGUGUUGGACAGCUUAUAGCUAUGCCAUUGACUGAGAAUGUUGUUGAGCCCCACAUAGGCAUGGAGUUUAAUUCAAGGGAUGAUGCUCGAGAUUUUUAUGUUGCUUAUGGCAGGCAGACAGGCUUUACUGUCCGCAUUCAUCAUAACCGCCGGUCACGCAUCAAUAACAUGGUUAUUGGUCAAGAUUUUGUUUGUUCCAAAGAAGGUUUUCGUGAAAAGAAAUAUGUGCAGAGAAAAGAUAGAGUUCUUCCUCCACCGCCUGUCACUCGUGAAGGUUGUCCUGCCAUGCUGAGGGUUGCUUUUAAAGAUGGAGCUAAGUGGGUAGUCACAAAGUUCGUGAAAGAGCACAAUCACAGUUUGAUGUCUCCUAAUAAAGUUCCUUGGCGAGGUUGUGGAAAGAAUUUGAUCAACCAGGAUGAAAAAGAUCAAAGGAUUCGAGAGCUCACACUUGAACUUUACAAUGAAAGGCAACGAUGUAAACGUCGAUGUGCAGUUUACCAGGAACAAUUGCAGACAUUGUUGAAAUAUAUUGAGGAUCAUACUGACCACUUAUCAAAGAGUGUUCAGGAAGUAGUUGAGCGUGUACAAUCUAUUGAAAAUGAAGAACUAGAAGACUCAGAUUAGCUUGGAGCGGCCCACCAAAUGCGUGAUUAUGGUGGCUUCAUUUGCUACUGGUAUACAGCAGAAAUCCUUCCCAUUAAUCAGACUUGGUUGAGGAGCUGCCCAACUCAAAGCCUUGACCUUGGGUUGACAUGAUAAUAGCUCAUAGCAGAGAACUAUACCUUUGCCUGUGUAUUUUCUUCUUUUUGCUUUGUGAAACGGUGUUGUGGAACUGAAGCUUGAUAUGUCUCGGCCUCUGUUGUUUACCGGUUCAGUGUCUUUAAAGCGACGAAUGCAACAACAUGCACCAGCUAAUUGUUGGGAGCUUUGGCCAUGUGCACCA